UAGUCGUAAAACAGGCUGUUUAUUCGAGGAUGGCCUCUGCAGACCGUCUGAGACCUGCGUGAACGAUGGGGUGUUCGGAAGGUGCCAGAAGGUUCCAGCGAUAGACACACACCGCUAUGAAGUGUCCCCGGCGGCUCUGCGGCACCUGGCAGCCACCUUGCAGCGGCUCUCCCGAACAGGCUUCACGUGGCCGGAUGACGUCACUCAGCACGUGACGGCGCGGGAGCUCUCGCACCUCCCCCUCCCGCCGCACCGGGGCGCCUCCGGCACCGCCAGAGCCUCCCGGCAGAGCGUGGAUGAGGGCAGGAGGUCCAGCCUGGAGGACGACAGUGGCCUGGCCAGGGCUGUCCGUCGCUACCUGGCGUACCUGGAGGCCCUGACCCAGGCCUCCGCUCCGAACGUGCGCCCCCGCGGCAGGCACGACAGGCCGUCAGCCCAGGGUGAGGACCCCCUCGAUGACCGCGUGCUGACCUUCAUGGCGCAAACGUCUGCUCUGACCUACGCUCCUGGCCCCGGGGCGGACUAUCCCGGGAGCCGCCCGCUGCGGACCCCUGGCCAGCUGCCGCCCGAUGAGCUCAGCCCCAAGGUCAACAGGCAGGAACUGGUCGCUGCACUGGGUGCCUAUGCGGCUCAGAAGCCGCCGGCACUCCCCGGGGAGGGUGACCCGGGGCCGCGAAACCCACUGCACGCACCGUGGAGAACACCAAGGGUCCUUUCGGCACCGGUGGAACCCCGGAAGUGGCCUUCGCCUCCAGGAGACCCCAAAGCCCCCCCGGCCGUGGGUGAUGAAACGCUUAUCCAGAGUCUCCUGAAGGACCUCGGACAGCAGCCGGACCUCGGCGGGAUGGCCCGCGUGAUCGCCUCUGCCGUGCAGGCCGUGGGGGCAGAAGGGCAGCCGCCGGGUGCCAAGGAAGGAGCCGCAGGGGAGCCGAGAGAGCCGGGCAUUGGCCAGCCGGGUGCAGGCGUGCGAGGUGCCAGAGCGCCGGGCGGAGGCGGCGGAGUUUCCGGACAGGUCAGUCAUUUGAGCCUCGAACUUGGGGACCACCUGCAGGAUCCUGGCUUCCAGCUCUCUCCUGCCAUCCCCCUUCUCACGGAGCCCUUCAAAAUGGAGGCAAAGAAAUCGGAGGCUCCUGAGACCCCCCCGACUUGGGAGGAGGAGAGCGCCGGGGUGGAGGACGUGAGGACUCAGACCUACUCCAAGGAGCGGCUGCAGAGGCCACCUCCCGCGGAGCCCAAGACAGGCGGCUCCGGCGAGUUCUGGCCCUGGGCCCCGCGGCCCUGGCAGGAAGGUGCCCGGCUCGCGGCCGGGGCCCAGGCACCCCCCGGGGAAGGCCUGCGGCUGGAGGUCAAGCCUUCCCAGGAGGACCACGGCUACAUUGUGACCGGGACUGACCCCCUGAGCCCAGAAGAGGGGAAGGCGCUGAUGGAGGCCGUGGCGCGGGUCCUCGAGGUGCCGAUGAGCGUCUUCACAGACAUCGCUGUCCUGGGCCCAGCGGUGACCUUCAGAGUGAGCGCCAGCGCCCCGAACGUGACGACGGGAGGUGUCGCGCAGGCAGCAGCAAAAGCUGGAGACCUAGCGAGUGGCCUCGGCGUGUGGCGGCCGCCCUGGAACGGGCGUCAGCAGCGCUCCGCCUGA